AGCUGCUGCUGCUGAUCACACAUGAAAUGGAUUUCCCGCCUGUAAACACGUCCGUCUCCUCGUCUCUUCUGUCCCUCUGUCCGUCUGUCGCCACACGUCUCCUCCUCCCCUCGGCGUACGCCCUCCUCUUCGUCACCGCUCUCCCGGGAAACGCCCUCUCUCUGUGGGUGUUCCUCCGCCGCAUCGCCACCAUGUCGCCCACCCACGUCUACCUGUGCCACCUGAGCGUGUCCAACCUGCUGCUGUCCACCACUGCGCCCUUCCUCGCCGCGUACUACGCGCGGGGCUGGGCGUGGACGCUGCACGGCGUCCUCUGUCAGCUGGUGCUGCACGGCGUCACGCCGGUGCUUCACAUCAACGUCUACAUCAGCAUCAUGAUCCUCACGUGGGUGGCGCUCAGCCGCUUCGCCGCGCUCAUCCGACACACGCACGCCGACAGGCCCAGCGCGUGUGCCACCCUGCUGCCGCGAGCCUUCUUCACCCGCCUCACAGAGGCGGCGUUCGCCAGCCGCGUGUGCGUCACGGUGUGGGCGGUGGCGGUGGGAGGCGUCGUACCCGUGACCGUUUACUACUCUGUGAACGAGGGGAGGAGCGGCGAGAGGGCAGAGUGUGCGGAGGUGUGCUAUAACCCCGUGCUGGAGAUAGGGGGCAGUGUGAGCAGCAUGAUGGUGGUGCCCGUGAGCGUCUUCUUCGUGUGUUACCUGCUGGUGAUGCUGUCCUACAUGACGGUGCUGAGUCACAUCAGACGCUCCCGCCGCAGCACGCACGUCACCACCUCCAAACGUCUGCUGAGUCGAGUGCUGCGCAACAUCGUGGUCAUCCAGGUGGUCCUGUCCGUGUGUCUGCUGCCGUAUCACAUCUUCAGACCCAUCUUCAUGUCAGUGACUCAUCAUCAGGAUCCACCAACGUUUUCGCCGAGCGCCAGCAUCUGCGACGACUGUCAUCCCAUGUCCGUCUUGGUGGAGGUGAAGAACGCUCUGUUUCUCCUGGCUCUGCUCAGAGGCUCCACUGACCCCGUCAUGUACGUCCUGCUCGACAAGAUCUUCCGUCACCAAACCUUCAAACUCUUGCGAUGUAACUGGGGCAACAGCGGCGGCGACAAUGAUGGCAAACCGGCGCGGUGUUUAGUGACAGGAAGUGCUGGUCUGUGGUCAGAUCAGCAGGUGGAGGGAACCAUAGCAACAGCUACAGGGGACUUAAGUCAGGGAAGUUUUCUGUAGAUAAACAAUCUGCUCUAUAAAUGUAUGUGCAUAUAUACGUAA